AUGUCUCAAGCCACAAUGAAGCGACCGAACUUCCUCAUCAUCGUCGCGGACGACCUUGGCUUCAGUGACUGCAGCUGUUUCGGUUCAGAAAUUCAAACACCAAACAUCGAUUCUCUUGCUGCAGCUGCGGGAGGAAUGCGAUUUACGUCGUUCCAUGUCGCGGCUGCCUGUUCACCUACGCGUGCUAUGCUCAUGACUGGAACGGACCACCACUUAACUGGUCUCGGGCAGCUCUCAGAGAUGGUUCGGAAUUCACCAGCGCAUCAGGGUGCGCCUGGACAUGAAGGAUACCUGACCGACAAAGUUGUUGCUAUCCCAGAGUUACUAAAGGAGGGGGGCUAUCAUACUAUGAUGUCAGGAAAGUGGCACCUAGGUCUCAAGAAAGAGUAUGGGCCGCACAUGCGAGGCUUCGAGAGGUCCUUUGCAUUGCUUCCUGGAUGUGCUAAUCAUUAUGGAUAUGAGCCACAGUAUGAGAAUGUGCUGGAGGAACCACCGCGUUUCUUUGAGACUGCCGUGACGGCGCUUCAUAUGCAAGACUCGGAGUAUAUCAGCCAAUUGCCAGAUGACUUCUACUCAUCAGACUACUAUGCCAGUAAACUGGUGGACUUCUUGUCAGAACGGUCUAUUGAUGAGCGAUCGAAACCUUUCUUUGCAUAUCUUCCAUUUUCAGCGCCGCAUUGGCCACUACAGGCCCCCAAGGCAUCGAUGGACAAGUAUCGUGGUCAAUACGAUGAUGGACCAGAAGCUUUACGGCUUCGACGACUGGAGAGGCUCAAGGAGCUCGAGCUAAUUGCACCAAAUGUGGUGCCUCAUAAAAUUGUCACCGUGGAUAAGGAGCCGGUAGAGUGGGACAAAAUGUCAGCCGAGGAACGAUCUAAAUCCUCCCGAUCCAUGGAAGCUUUCGCCGGUAUGGUAGAUCGUAUGGACGAGAACAUUGGGCGAGUCAUUCAGUACUUGAAAGAGACCGGGGAGUAUGACAACACUGUCAUUUGCUUCAUGUCAGACAAUGGAGCGGAGGGCGCCAGCUACGAAGCGACACCACUGAUUGGAGACAACAUUGUCGAGCAUAUUGAAAAGUACUACGAUAACUCAUUGGAUAACAUUGGCCGAUCCAACUCCUUUGUUUGGUAUGGAAGCCGAUGGGCACAAGCAGCAACAGCCCCAUCCCGGCUGUAUAAGAUGUUCUCAACUGAGGGAGGUUGUCGAGUGCCGCUGGUCGUGAAACCUGUUGCGAACCAGAAUGCUGGUGGCCGUGUUGUCGACUCUUUUUGCACAGUCAUGGACCUUGUGCCGACGAUCCUGGAUUACGCUGGCUUGCAGCACCCAGGAAGUAUGUAUAAGGGAAGACAGAUCGCCCCGGUCCGAGGAACUAGUUGGAAGCCAUUUUUAGAUGCCAUGGCAGUACCGGGACCAUCCGAUAAACCAGGGAUACUAGCCAUUCAUGGUGAAGACCGUGUAACAGGCUGGGAGAUCGCUGGCAGUGGUGCUCUCCGCAAAGGCCGUUAUAAGAUCACAUACGUCCCUCUACCUCAUGGCCCACAGCGCUGGGAAUUAUUUGACAUGAUCGAGGAUCCUGGUGAGACAACCGAGUUGAGUGCAACGUUACCGGAUAUCUUUAAUCAACUACUCAAACUCUGGGCCAUAUACGCGGAAGAAGUUGGUGUUGUGGGCUUAGCUGGGGAGUGGAAAGAUAAGCAUCUUAUUCAGAGUGUGCAAGAUGAAUUCGAAGAUACUGGGCGUUGGAUUCGAUUUAUUGGCAAAAAGGACGUUCCUGCAGAGCUGGAAGACAAAAUUCCGGUUUCGAACGCUGCUUUAUAA